AUGCCGUAUUCGUCGCAAUCGAAACCCAAAAACCUGUCAACCCUUCCGCACAAUGCACCUCGUGCUGCCUUGCAGCAUCAUGGCUCUGGGAAAGAGCGUCGCAGAGAUCACGUCCCUUCUGUUAUCCGGCCGCCUCUCCUUUCAUCAAGUUUUCCUCGUGGUGGCGAUUCUGGUGGUCCUCCGCAGGACGUUCCCCUUGCAUCCGACAAUGUGCCGCUUAUAUUCAAGACUGACGCGCAUAUAUUGAAGCCAUUCAACGGAGGCAACGAUGCUGAUACAUCUGAUGUCUUACGCUUUGGUCGGCGCGGCUCGAGAUUGAAGAGUUUCAGUCCUGCCGUAAAUGCACAACUGUUGGGUACUGAUAUUGUCAAGCCGUCGUUGUCUCCUGCGGACAGGGUUUCUUCGCCUGCCUUAUCCGAGCCAUUGGAGACCAGCCUCGAAGGCGGGAUCCGCGAUCAAGCAAGUAUUAGAGCGGCCGAUGGGACCAGUCACCUUCUGGAAAAGAUAGAUCGUUCUACGAAGUUCAAACCGGAGGGAGAUGCCCAACUUAUGUCGCUGGUAUACGACCGUUUCAAGGACCUGGAGGCCUCCGAAAGGGCACUUGCCGCGAAGCACGAUGAGGCAGCACGUUUGCAACAAGAGGUAGCACAACUGCAACGGCGCCUUGAUGACGACGAACGAGAGAAAAGUGCCCUUGCUCGCGACCUGGAGAAAGCCCGUGAAGAUGCACGCAAGAUAACUGCGAAAGCGAAGUGCUUGGCAGCCCUCGGUUCCGAGCUUGCUGAAUUCAAAAAGCACUCGAUUAUGGCUUUCAAGACCGUUGAUGACCUCGUUGAGUCCUUCGCGGAUAUGCGCCUUACUGCUCAACAAUCAGUGCAAGAGAUCCAGAAGUUCAUGGACGAGAGCAAUGAGCAAACAUGUAGCGUUAAAACUAAACGCGUCAUUCAAGACACUCGCAUGGCGCUCUCGAAAGCUCAAGAGGUGACGGACAUUUAUCGCGACCGCCUGCAAUCCGUGGGCGGAGACUUGAUAGAGACCAGAGAUCGGGUGACGCAACUCGAGGCCAGCCGUCUGGAGGAACUGCGAGUCCUGCAAACGCACGUUACCGAGGUUCAGGAACUUCGAGCAUCCAUGGGUGUUCUGCAGACCGAGCUGCGCGAAGCCGUAGUGAAGUCGGAGAGAUGUGAAAUUGAUCUCAAUCUGAAAGAUAAAGAACUCGAGUGUUUGCAAAUGAAGAUUAAGACUGAUCUCGCAGCCCUGGAAACAAACAAGAGCCAGCUUGAAGGUGCUCUUGAGUCGCGAGACGAGUACAUCAGUCAGUUGGAAGUGCAGGGCGUGCUUUGUAGGUCUCAAGACGAAAUACGGGCUCUGAAGGACGAGAUUACGUCUAAAGAGAACGAACGGCAGCGACUUGAUCAUGAUCAUCGCGACCUGGAAAUCAAAUUCCAUAUGCUGCAAGUUGAAACUCAGGAGAAAGAUAAGCGCCUCGUCGUUUUGGUCAGCCUUGAAACAGACCUCCGGCUUACACAUGAAACCCUUCACGAGAAGGAUAAGAAAUUACACGAAGCAGCAAUCACCAAUAACAACCUUCAGGAACGGCUUGAUAUGCUGUCGACAGACGUCUCAGGAUGGGAGAAACGUGUUGAACAUCUCCAAGAAGAUCUGAAACGCUGUGACGCGGACAGACAGACUGCUCAGCUCGAAUACCAGCAGGCCGUAGUGUACGAGAAGAUGUUCGAAGAUGCAAAAACGAAUAUGCGACGUCUUGAAGAGCAAUUGCGUGGUGCUGAAUCACUGCUGAAGGCGCGUAUAGCAUCCCCCAACUGCAUGAUAUUCUAA